UGCCAGGAACUGGUUUCGUCUCUCAGCACUGGUCCCUGUCUGCCCCUUCUGUGGCUGUGUGCUGGAUCACCCCAUGUCCCAAGGUGCAGGACAGGUCGGGGCUGGCUGGGGCCAGGGCUCAGCUCCCCCCUCUGCAGGGACAAACGCUGCCGUCUGCCUGCAGAACCCCGUCCCCUCGGCGUCCCCAUGGGUGUCUUGAGCUGCGUGAAGUACCUGAUGUUCAUCUUCAACGUGCUGGUGUUUGCCGGGGGGACGUGCCUGGUGGGUGUCGGGGUCUGGGUGGCUGUGGACCCGGCUGGUUUCCAGGACAUCGUGGCCACCAAGCCUGUGCUGAGGGCUGGCGCCUACCUGCUGCUGGCCGUGGGCAUCGCCCUCUCGCUGUUGGGCUUCCUGGGCUGCUGCGGGGCCCUGCGCCAGAGCCGGCUCCUGCUGCUGGUGUUCUUCGUCCUCGUGAGCCUCGUCUUUGUCACACAGCUGGUCGGGGCUGUGCUCUUCCUGGUGCACUGGAAACAGAUCCGCCCAGAGCUCUUCCUGUCUGAGCUGCGGAGGAACUACCGUGGGGAUGAGGACGCCGAGGUCUUCUCUGUGGCCUGGAACACCCUCAUGGUCAUGUUCUCCUGUUGCGGCGUUUUAGGGCCUGAAGACUUUGGGAAUGGCUCCCGGUUCCAGGAGCUGCAUCCAGGGACACCCUGGCCACGGGCGUGCUGUGCCCGGGAUGGGCUCCUGCAGGCAGGCGAGCUGCUGGGCUGGGAGCAGUGCCGGGAGAGGAGCCCUGGCUACAUCCACGAGCAGGGCUGCUUCCCCACCUUCGGCAGGACCUUGCAGAAUUACAUCUCCGUCCCCGGGACCUGCAGCUUGGCCGUGCUGGGCAUCGAGAUCUUUGCCAUGUUCUUUGCUUUUUGCCUUUACUACAACUUCGACUGAGCAGGACCCUGGGAGCAGUGCUCCUGGCCACUGCCAGUGCAGCAGAGAUGAGCUGAGGGUUUUGGAAACAGCAGCAGGCAAGGAUGCUCCAUUUUCUUGCAUAUUGCAGCCCAGCUCCGUAGUUCAGGAGUUUUUCUGAGUCCUGUGUCCGCUCCAGGGGGCAAAUAAGAAUGACCUGGCUCACUUGUCCUGGAGCAGGGACAGGACAUGGGUCAAAUUCUUUACACCCAAACACGCAGAGCAGGAGCCUGAGCUCUGGACUUGGUCACGCUGCAAUCUGCCAGUAACAUAGCUGUGACGACACGGAGUCCUGCCCCCAACAUCUUCUGGCCUGCUCUACCACCAACAGUUACAGCAUGGGUCAGGCUAUCAGAGUCCUCCUUCCUCUCAACGCUCUCAGCCUCACUGCCCUGUCCCACACUCCCACAUGCCUUUCUUCCACAUCCUGCCCGCUCCCACACCUCUGGGUCCCCCUUUGGGUUUUUCUCCAUCCUCAGCACUCAGCUGGUGCUUUUCGCUAUCCAGCCCCUGGAGACACAACAGCACCUAGACUCAUUCCACAUCCGAGCUUGUGUUAAAUGCUGUAAGCUGCAACUGGACUGUAGCAUGCUGCUCCAGAGACAGUUUUAAGAGACAGAAGUUUAGAGCUUAAAUUACUGAGGUAUCCUUAAGUUACCUUUAUUUUACAAGGCAAAUGAAGCCUUCACCAGAGAAGGAUUUCAACAGUUUAACACUGCAAACAAGUUCUAGUAUAUCUGUCACUCAGCUUUUGUUCACUGUACAUUUUGAGGCAAGGACACAAAUAGAAACAUCAGUCUUUAGUGCUGUUUGCAUUCCUUUGAGAGAAAGCUGGUAGUCAGAAGCAGCACUGGUACUUCCAAUUGUCCUUUUCUUCAGAAUACUCUGAAACCCCCAAACAAAAUGUAAACCUCAGGGAAAAAAAAAAGUUUAUAAAUAAAAUAUAAAGCUUUUAUUUAAUAGAACUUCUGACAGAAAAACACCUAGGAGAUAGAAAAACAAAGCCUACUACUAUUAAUAUUAAAAUAUUUAGUUAUACCUGUGUAAAGAAAAAAGGACAGCAAAAACAAAGUUGACAGCCACACCAGGAAUAAAAAUCACUUAGGACUCCAGGCGAGAUUUCUUCUCUUUCUUGGUGAUAUCACUCCCUUUUCUUUUCAGCAUGAUAGAUUCACUGGUGGUACUUGUUUCACUCUGAUUUGUUUUCUCUUCUAAAGCCUUGGAAGCCUGUGAUUACACAAGAAAUAAAAGUAACAGCUGUGAAUAA